CUGAUGAUAUGAAGGAGCCGUUGCGAAGAACCAAAGUGGUGAUAAGCCAUCUGCCACCGUCACUCACCCAAUCAUUUCUCUUCUCUCAAAUCGACGAUCGUUUCUCUGAUCGUUACAAUUGGUUCUCCUUCCGUCUCGGCAAGUCCAGCCAUAAGCAUCAGAGGUACUCACAAGCCUACAUAAACUUCAAGAGACCAGAAGAUGUCUUAGAGUUCGCUGAGUUCUUUGAUGGGCAUACAUUUGUUAAUGAGAAAGGUACCCAAUUUAAUGCCAUUGUUGAAUAUGCUCCUUCGCAGUGUGUCCCAAAGCCAGGCACUAAAAAGGAUGGUCGUGAAGGAACCAUUUUCAAAGAUCCUGAUUAUCUGGAAUUUCUCAAACUGAUUGCGAACCCUGUUGAGAAUCUUCCUAGUGCUGAGAUUCAGUUGGAAAGAAAAGAAGCAGAACUAUCUGGCGCUUCAAAAGAAACCCCUGUUGUUACACCAAUAAUGCAAUUUGUGCAUCAGAAACGAGCUGCUGAGAGUGGGACUCAGGGGUCAAUCACUCUAAGAAAGGUCGGCAGAAAAGCUGCCGCAUCUACAAGCAAGUCUGGAUCAAGUAGCAAGCGUGGCUCUGAGAAGACAAGCUUAACCAUUGGAUUAAAAGUUUUUCCAUCCUCACCCCUUUCUGUCCUUCCUACUAAAGGAGAGAAGACAGUUUUCAGUGAGGCAACUUCUUUCCCCUAUCCCAUACCAGCAAAAGACAGUGAAUCUGACCGCCCAAUCUAUUAUUCUUAUCCACACUGGCUAACCAUGAAUAGCUUCCUCUUAAUCCAGGAGACUGAAAAAGAAGAAAUUUGUAAGAGAUAUCAGGAAAGCCCUCAACACUGCAUAAUAAAAGCUGAAAUAUUGAUAGUUGUCAUUUGUUUUUGGAACCAAAGGCUUGAGAAAUUAUCUAAAAAUGGAAGUCAUAACUGUUAUAUUCUAAAAGACAGUGCAAAAGGUGCAAAAAAGUCCAAUUUUUUUGUAGCAUCCAAGCAAGAGGAUCAAUCAGAGACUAAUGUUGCAAAAGAAAUAAGAGAGAACGGAACUGUCUGUGGCAUUGAUGGUCCUGUAACUGGAAUCACUUUUUCUGCUGAUUCUGGGAAGAAAAAGAUCCUGCUCCUAAAACCAAAAGAUCGAGAGGCUCCUCAUGUGCCAGAGGGUGCAUCUGAGCAGCAGGGUGCAUCAUCUCCUGUAGCAAAUUCACCUGGUUCAACUGCUCCAAGACAGAGUCAAAGACGUGAGGCUGGUGGAAAGUUAGUAAGGAGCAUACUUUUGAGUAACGAAGUGGGCCAAAAUCAAUCUUCAGCAGCAGUCCAGCCUCAGCAGAAAACUGAAACUACGAGUCUGGACAAUGUCAAGAGACAUCCCCGGCCUGCUAAUAUGCGAUUGGGUAUGAAUGGUCAUGUCUCUAAUGAAAUGCCUGCAUUGAAAUCUGAUGGUGAUACGAAAAGAUAUUCAUAUGAUAAGUUCAUCAAAAAGGGUCUUUAUGGUUCAGGUUCUGGAAGUGAGAAACAUGAAAAACGUACAAGAAAUAAGGAUAGGCCUGAUCGUGGGGUGUGGGCCCCUCUUCAUCGUUCUGAUGUUUCACAAGCUAGUGAGGAGCGCCUGACACCCUCUGUGUUACAAUCUGCACAGAACUCUCAUAAUUCCAUUGAAGUUAUCCAAGGAGAAAUGAAAGGCAACAUACCUAAUGGAAGUAGUGGACCUAAUAUUCCGUUAGAAAAUGGUUAGAAUGGACAUUUUAGUUGGCGUCCUGCAGCCCAUAACAUAAAGGAUGAUGGGUCUGUCAUAUCAACUGAGAUCAAGUCUUCCAAAAGAGGAGGUGGUAGUAGCUCUGGAGCCCAUGAGAAACAAGUUUGGGUUCAGAAGUCAUCUUCAGGUUCUUAGAAAAUCUAUCUAAACUGGCUUUCGAUGUGCAACCUUUUCUACCCAAUUUUGGGGUUCUUAUCUUCUCCUGUCAUGUUGCUCUGACUUGCAACAUCUAUUUGCCUUAUUGGGUUUGCAAUGCUCUCCAGAAUAUGUUCUUGAAUAGUCCUUACCUAGUACUAGAUUAAUUCUCUUAUUGGACUGUCAAGAGCCGAGCAUUGGCAAGCAAUCAGGUGGGACGAAUCUGUGUGGUAUACAUUGGGAAAGAAGUGACUGGGUAAAGAAUAAUACUGAACCACUGGUGUUGCUGGAAGGGAGAUUCUGCUGGACCGUCUCGUGGAACUUUUUUGUUGAAUGAUGCAGUGCAAGGUGUUUAGAAGUUUACUUGAAUCAUAAUGGUCUUUGCCAUGGCUGGAACUUCCAUGGCAGGAUCUUCCAUAGGUGGAAACUCUUUUUUUUCUUGUAAUGCAUAUAUUCAUCAAGUUUAAAACAAUUUUCAAGAAAGUUGGGCUUGCAAAAAGGCCACGGUGUACCAUAAAAUGAAACAAAGGUCAUACUCAUAUGGAUGCAAGGGCUUCUUUUCCCAUAGAACAUCGUUU